AUGAACGUCCUCGUCUACCUGGGCCGCGGUACCACCACCGAAAGUGUGAAACACACCGUGGACUCGCUCCGUCAAUGCUUAUCGCCAUACUAUGCUGUGGUGACUAUUUCAGAACAGGCCCUCUUAAAAGACCCCUGGAUGAAUAAAUCUUCGCUUUUGGUGAUUCCCGGAGGCGCAGAUUUGCCCUACUGUGCUGCGUUGAACGGCGCAGGAAACGAGCGCAUCACCCGCUUCGUUCGUGGUGGAGGAAAGUACUUGGGACUCUGUGCGGGAGGCUACUAUGCCUCUUCGCGGUGUGAAUUUGAGGUUGGAAAUUUGGAAAUGGAAGUGAGUGGACCCCGCGAACUCGGCUUUUUCCCAGGUACCACCAAGGGCUGUGUUUACAAGGGAUUCGUGUACGAUUCGCACGAUGGAGUAGUGGCCGCAGAUUUGGAUGUAAACCUAGCUAAUCUCCCCGUAGGCCCCGAUGGAAACGCGCCAUGUCCUGAGAAGGUGGUUUCGUACUACAAUGGUGGAGGAAUGUUCCUCAACGCUUCGCUGUACCGUGGUGUAGAGGUGCUUGCACGGUACACUGGAAAGACAGACCUUGCGCCAGAUCCCGAUAUGGCUGCCGUCAUUUACUGUAAAGUCGGUUCUGGAGAUGUGGUGCUCAGUGGUGUUCACCCAGAGUUCACUCCAGCGCUUAUGAAGCCUUCUCCCGAAGAUAUCAAGUUCAAGAACGCCGUGGAGAAGAUUCGCGCCAACGACUUGGGCCGUAAACAGUUCUUGGCUGCAUGCUUGUCCAAGUUGCAGAUGCGCGUCAAUUACGAUGCUGCCACCAGCUUUCCGAGGCUUUCUCCCAUCUACAUGUCGUCGUAUCUCGACCCUCUGAGGGUGAUCAAGGUGUACGAUGAUCUCACCCAAAACAUGGAGUUCGUGGGCAAAAACACUUUCGAGGAUAACAACGACACUUUUGUUCUCCACACCGACGAAGAGGAUGAGCAUCAGUAUGCGGAGCUGGAACACAACGACGACCACAUGGGCGACUCGUUUGACGACAUUAUCUGCGCUCCCAAACACAUCAAGAUGCUCACCUCGCAUCGUUUGCCCGACUCCAAGCUGACUCCGUAUUUCGACAUGAACGCUUACUUCGAGAACUUGAAGGCGCUCUACGUUGCCAACAACAUUGGCUACGAUAACCGUAAUUUCGGCAGCAUUCUUUGUUACGGUGAAGUUGUCACUUCCACCAACACUCUCAUGGACGCAAACGCUAACUGGCUUAGGUACUUGCCAACCGGUUUCACGUUUACGGCUACCACUCAAAUUGCUGGUAGAGGCCGUGGAGGCAACGUCUGGAUCAACCCAAAGGGUGUCAUGGCCACGUCCAUUUUGUUCCGUGUGCCUGUGAACUCGACAAACAGUAGCUCGAUCAUCACAUUGCAAUAUUUGUGUUCUUUAGCACUCAUCGAGUCUAUUUUGGGCUACGGUAGCGAUGUCCAAGGCCAGGGCGUCGGCUACGACGACAUGCCAGUCCGUCUUAAGUGGCCCAAUGACAUGUAUGCUUUGAAGCCAGAAUACUACCAUAAAAUCUCCGACAAGGAUAACCUUAGUGACACUGUUGAAGGAGACGACCAGAAGUGGGCAAAGAUCUCCGGUGCUCUUGUCAACUCGCAAUUCAUCAAUGGCGAAUACUACCUCGUGUGGGGUGGUGGUGUCAACGUCUCGAACGAAGCGCCUACUACAUCUUUGAACUUGGUUCUUGACAAGCUCAAUGAGAUUAGGGCACAAUCGGGUAUGAUGCCCUUGCCAUACUACAAGCAUGAAGUUCUUCUCGCAAAGGUCGUCUACACCAUGGGUCAGUUCUUCGAUGUGUUCAAGCAUGCUGGUUUGAAGCCAUUCUUACCCCUUUACUACAAGAGAUGGUUCCAUUCGAACCAGAGAGUUAAGCUUGAUGCUGCUGGCGACGGUAGAAUGCGUGACUGUGUGAUCAAAGGCAUCGAUGGAGAGUAUGGAUUGUUGCUUGCUGAGGACGUUAACACGCGCGAGGUUUUGGAGCUUCAGCCAGAUGGAAAUUCGUUUGAUAUCUUCAACGGAUUGGUUUACAAGAAAAGACAAUAG